UGAAUUGCUGCAGAGAGGACAAGCUGUGGUUUAGUUCGGAGUUAGCUUAGCACCAGAUGCUGUUGACACAGYAAGACACAGAAAGGAGGCGCUGAAACUCCCACGAAGCUUGUAAAAAAUGAAGUUCGUUCGUUUUAUUAUGAAAAACGCCGCUCUGGCCAAUGCGCCGAAGCACAUCGAACAUUUCUCUAAAUUUUCUCCGUCGCCGCUUUCCAUGAAGCAGUUUCUGGAUUUCGGCUCCAUAAACGCCUGCGAGAAGACCUCCUUUGUUUUUCUGAGGCAGGAACUCCCUGUGAGACUCUCAAACAUCAUGAAGGAGAUCAACCUCCUGCCUGACAAAGUGCUGCUGACCCCUUCGGUGCAGAUGGUGCAGAGAUGGUACAGUCAGAGUUUGAUGGAGAUCCUCCACUUCCUAGACAAGAAUCCAGACGACCACAAAGUGCUUUCAGAGUUCGUCGAUGCCUUGGUCACCAUCAGGAACCGACACAACGACGUGGUGCCAACCAUGGCGCAGGGCAUCAUCGAAUACAAAGAGAACUUUCCCCAGGACGUCGUCACCAACCAGAACAUCCAGUACUUCCUGGAUCGGUUCUACAUGAGCCGCAUCUCCAUCCGAAUGCUCAUCAACCAACAUACUCUUGUUUUCGACGGAACGACCAACCCGGUCCACCCCAACACCAUCGGAAGCAUCGACUCUCAGUGCCAAGUGGGAGAUGUAGUCCAGGAUGCGUACUGUAGUGCCAAGAUGUUGUGUGAACAGUACUACUUACGCUCCCCUGAUUUGGUCCUACAGGAAAUGAACCACAAGAAGAAGAAUCAUCCAAUCACCAUCGUGUAUGUGCCCUCUCACCUCUAUCACAUGCUGUUUGAGCURUUCAAGAACGCCAUGAGAGCGACCAUCGAGACGCACGACUGCAGCAACAACCUCCCGCCCAUCAAAGUCCUGGUGUCUCUGGGCGGCGAGGACAUGUCAAUCAAGGUGAGCGACAGGGGUGGCGGCGUCCCUUUCCGCAAGAUCGAGAAGCUGUUCAGCUACAUGUACUCCACAGCUCCAGCUCCUCAGAUAGGAGACCACUCCAGGACCCCACUGGCGGGUUUCGGCUACGGUCUUCCCAUCUCUCGUCUCUACGCCAAAUACUUCCAGGGCGACCUGCAGCUCUACUCCAUGGAGGCCUUCGGCACAGACGCRGUCAUCUACCUGAAGGCUCUGUCCACGGACUCCAUCGAAAGGCUGCCGGUCUACAACAAAACCGCUCUGAGGAACUACAAAAUGAGCCACGAGGCUGACGACUGGUGCAUUCCCAGUAAAGAACCGCUGGACCUGCGGAACUUCAAGACGGCUUAGAGAGGAUCUCUGCAGGCGCCAAACUGARGCGUCACCGCUUUUAAAAAAAAAAAUCAAAACGCGACGCGGAUCCUCCAGAAAACGUCCCUGUGUUCCCACGCUGUCGUCUGCAUCUACCGACCAGAGCAGAUUUCAGCCUUUCAGCUURGGACACUUUAUUUUGGGCUUUAUUUAGUAGCUAAAUAGACAAAAGGAUGCUCGGAUGAAGCAGUCUGACUCUUGCUGAAAUACUGAAGGAGGAGUGAGCGGAGUCAUGUGCAGGUAGGGUAGAGACGGAGGAGGCGGCGCCCUGCGUGUUACGGGUGUUAGAAAAGAAAAAAAAACGGGGCGGAGCCAUAAAACGAAGAGAGGAAGUUGUGAGACAUUCAGUGGUUCUGAGGUGUUCAAUAAACAGGAGCCCCUGCAAACCCACCCAAAUGCAGGUGUUCAUUGGAAUACUUGAARUAUUAUCAAAUCAAAUAUUUGCACCUAGUUCAAUUUUACAGUACUGUAACUGUUUUGGUUGGAAAAUUUUGGCUUUUCUUUGCAUGAAUCUGUGCAUUUCUUUAUGAUUUCUGCCUUUUAGAAACAAAAAAAACUGAAAUAGUUGUCAGUUUUCUGGACCAGGCUGAGUGUUUUMGGGCAUUUCUGUGUUUGGAGGAAAUGUGGGUUAUGUUCUGGAGGCUGCAGCUCCACGCGGACCUGAGUUUGUCGGAGCUUGACGAGCUGUAAGUGUUUGUCAGCCUCGUGUGGAGGAUGACUCUAAGUGUUACGAAGCCUGAGGGAGAGAGUGGCUCAACAAGGCCAGUUUCUGUUUUUGUGUUUGUUUUUUACUCUGUGCCAAAUGAAUGUCCUGGGUCCAGAUGUGUUCAGAACAAGCAGCGUCUUUUGUGUUUAUCUGCAGCCCACGGAUAAAAAAAAGGUUAUUUUUAUA